UGAGUGUGUGCGUGUGUGUGUGCGUCUUUGCGUGCACCUCCUCUCCCCACUGCGUCUGGGUGCCUUUGCUCUCGCUCGUCCUAUAAAGCCGUCAGCAUCUCGUCGGCUGCCUUCUCUGCCCGAGUAGAGUGAAGGCUGCGUUACCGUCGGAGAGGAGGAAUCCGCGCUGCAGCUCACUGGAAAGGCAAAGGCAAACUGCAGGAAGCCGUGGGUACAGCGGAUUGUGUGUCUUUGGGUGUUGGACUGAGCGCGCUCGUAGAGGACGUCCGUCUGCCUCUCGGCAUGCACGCUGCACCUCACGGUGUGAUUUAGAGCUGCCAGGAGGGGGAAAGGUGGUUUUCAUCUAGCUGAUACCCAGGAAAAGAAGCACUUUUCUCUUCUGUCAACCGCCUUCUUUUCCUUUUGCGCCUUCGGGCUUUACACUUUCUGCUCUGGGCAAUGAAAUGAACAACUAUUCACGACUUGAGGGGUCUCCGUCCCAUCAUGUCUGCGCCUCUUUUGACUCCUCCACACUUCAACGACACAGACAUUUCCCUGUGAGGCGACUUUCCUUCAUUCCUCCGUUUCCUUUCUGCAGAAAUUCUGUUUCUCCUCCGACACACACACGCUGAACAUCAUCAGUUCCUCGAGGCUCGCACAACUCCCUCGCCUGAUCUUCACUCCCCCUUAUUUACCUCACCGUUAUUGUCUCCCUCCCCUGAGCCCGAGGGCGCCCAGGACUCCGCGGUCGACCAAGCACACAUUCUCUCUCCUAAUUGCCAUCACUCCUCCAGCGGCUGUUUCUUCAACCACCCUCACAACAACAGUUCCCGUCCUGUCACAAUGUUCUCCUCCUCCGCCGAGGAGCUCUGGAACACCAGCGAGCCGGUGAGGAUCAACGGCUCCGAGGCAAACUUCUCUCUGCCCAGGCACAGGGAGGAUGAGGAGGAGGGAGCCGAUCGGCACCCCUUCCUCACGGACGCCUGGCUGGUGCCCCUCUUCUUCUCCCUCAUCAUGCUGGUCGGACUGGUGGGGAACUCUCUGGUCAUAUACGUCAUUUCCAAACACAGGCAGAUGAGGACGGCGACCAACUUCUACAUAGCGAACCUGGCCGCCACUGACAUCAUCUUCCUGGUGUGCUGCGUCCCCUUCACCGCCACGCUCUAUCCCCUCCCUGGAUGGAUCUUUGGCAACUUCAUGUGCAAAUUUGUUGCCUUUCUUCAGCAGGUGACCGUUCAAGCCACCUGCAUCACUCUGACGGCUAUGAGCGGCGACCGCUGCUACGUCACAGUCUACCCUCUGAAAUCCCUCCGCCACCGCACCCCGAGGGUGGCCAUGAUAGUCAGCAUCUGCAUUUGGAUUGGCUCCUUCAUGCUGUCCAGCCCCAUCUUGAUCUACCAGCGCAUAGAGGAGGGUUACUGGUACGGCCCGAGGCAGUACUGCAUGGAGAGAUUCCCCUCCAAGACCCACGAGAGGGCUUUCAUCCUCUACCAGUUCAUUGCCGCCUACCUGCUGCCCGUCCUCACCAUCUCCUUCUGCUACACCCUGAUGGUGAAGAGGGUGGGGCAGCCCACCGUGGAGCCCGUCGACAACAACUAUCAGGUCCACCUUCUGUCCGAGAGAACCAUCAGUAUCCGGAGCAAAGUCUCCAAGAUGGUGGUGGUGAUCGUCCUCCUUUUCGCCGUUUGCUGGGGUCCCAUCCAGAUCUUCGUCCUCUUCCAGUCUUUCCAUCCUAACUACGAGGCGAACUACGCCACGUACAAGAUAAAGACGUGGGCCAACUGCAUGUCCUACGCCAACUCGUCCGUCAACCCUAUAGUCUACGGCUUCAUGGGAGCCACCUUCCAGAAGUCCUUCAGGAAGACCUUCCCCUUCCUGUUCAGGCACAAGGUCAGAGACGGCAGCACGGCUUCCAGGACCGCCAACGCCGAGAUCAAGUUCGUUGCCGCGGUGGAAGGCAACAAUAACAACGCCGCGAAUUGAAUCUGACCACCGCAAACAGAAAAAGGGUGCAUUUUACGGGUUUCUGUCCAGAGCGGUGGGUCAAUCGUGAGAGUGUCUUCAACGAGCAAACGGCUGAUUGUAGCAGGAACAUCCGCAGGUUCGAUGUUGGGAAACAGAUGCGUGACACAGAUUGACGCUGACAGCGUUUGGAACGGUAUUUCGGCGAAGGCAGUGUUGGCAGGUGACAUCAUCCGUCGCCGUGCCAAACGCUGCAGCCGAAUAACAGAGGACAGCCGCACGAGUCCGAUGACGAGAGAGGAAACCUUUGGCUGGAAGCUGCUGGCAUGAGUCCUCUAAUCCCUGUAAGAUCCUGGCUGACGAGGUCUGCAGCUCUGGUAUACACGAUUCAGUAUUUGGACAGCUGAUGAUAUUAUGUGAUCUAAGCCACAUGAGAAAAUUUGUGUUUUGGAAAGGACAAUGGACAAUUAUCACCGUACACAAGCCAAACAGACAUGUUAUGUUUCGUCAAUUGGCUCCUAUCCCUGGAGAAGAAUGUAGGAACUCAAGAGGCUCUUUCUGCGUCGGACAUUCUGGGAAGCGGCGAACGCUGUGACAUUUCUUCAAGGAAUUGUUUGAUAUAAUUGGAAAUGGAGCUUUGCCAUUUCUAACCUGCUUUGUACAAAGAAAAAACAUGAAGUAACGCAUGCUUUUUUUUAAAAGCACGCUCAUCAAGACACAGAUUGAACAAAGCUCUCAAUGGGUUUUUAUUUUUUACCAGCUAAUUGCCGCUAUUUUCAUCCUUCAAGGUAAUACUAUUUUUCUCACCCAGCGAUCAACUGUACAGACAGUCCAGCGUUUAUUGUAUCUCCAGGCGCACGUUUAAUUGAUGUGAUAUUGUCAGCUCGUUGUCUUUUGUCUGAAACUAGAAUAUGACGAUGAUAAGCGGAGGACGACGUGCUGAUGGAGGAGUUGCGACCGGUGAGGCGUGGGCAGUGUUUACCUUUCCUUCACGUCCCACGCGCAGACAUUCGCAGAUCCAGGUGUUGUUUGUGGGAAUCCGUUGCCAUGUGCACCGCUGUAGGAUCCUGUCACACCGAGGUGGAGGGGGGGGCCCGGACGGGCUGCUCCCCGCCGGGAGACGGAGAAAUGAAAGACGUCGUUAUUAACACAUUUACAGAAACAGCUCUACAGAUGCUGCUAUUUUCUUUUCGUCCCACACAGUGGUAAAUCUGCUAAUUCAAUCCGCAUUUGAAUUUUUGUGGAACUGUGAUUACUUGAAUUUCACCGUAGGGCUUUUGUUAGGCAUAAUUAGAUACAAAUACUUAGUCGUAUUUAUUGAGAACAAAUUGGACAAACCUUUAUCUUUGGCCACAUUAAGGUCGAUAACCGACAAAUCCUAAUUUCUCUUAAUUUUAUGCGGCGCAUUACAGCAACACCUAUCAAUUUCCCCUUGUUAUACGCAUGUACUGUCCACAGGAAACCGCUGAGAAAUACGUUUAGCCAAUAAAACUACUACAUUGUGGUUUGGAAUCAAGGUCGACGUCUCAUUUCACACGAGGCACGUGUUCGAUCUGUUUGAUCUGCAAACUCAAAAUGGAAUAAAUGCCAUGGCAUGAGGUGCCCUGCAAAGCCAUUUACUCUGAGUGCUUCUGUAAAACAUGUCUUAAUAUGUAAUGCUAAUGACUGAAGGUUGCGUAUAAAUGUGCGUUCGUUGUGUUCAAUUUAUUCCACAGAAAGUAUUCUGCAUCCAUUAGGACCAAGGGCAUCAAUAAUAUGUGGUUUACUACGUCAUGUUAAGUGUGUUCUUGUAUCUGCGCUUGAUCGCAUAUUGUGAUUUGAAUACAAAUGCGUCCUGGUUGUUCAGAAAUGACUCAAGCUUCAAUCAUCCUGCAGACUGCUGCAUCCGUUCUAAUCGUCUGAAUUAGUGCUUUACAUUUGUACUGGAAAUCAUCAUUUUUUUGUUCCUGUCCGCCAUUAAAAAUAAAGCACAGACUGGUCUGCUUA